UUUCCGAGAAAGGCUGUCACGGCGAUUUCGGAGAAACAGGAAAAAUACCCGAAAGAUUAAUUAACCAUUUCUUCGAGAGAAAAGUUUACGAUUAGUAAGUUUCCUCACAGUGUUUUGGUGGCUGUUUAUACUCGGUGUACCCCUUCCGUUGCGUUGCAGCAUUAAUGGCUGUUCUCUCAGCACGACAAAUGUUUCCAAACCUGGAAAGCGAUAGAAUGACGAUAUCCAAACAAGGACAAGUGGCAAUCAUAAAAAACGGUUGUAUCGAGCUAUACGGAAGAGAUGUCACAUGUGGUAUUCCUUGGGUAAGCAGAAAGAUUUCUGCGGGUCUCUCGAGGCCUUACGAUCUGUGCUUUGCUCCAAAUGACGCCCUAGUGGUCUCAGACGUUGGCGAUAACACGAUCAAAAUUUUUGAUUUGACGCGAAAUUUACCACCAGUAAAUCAGAUUAUUAUCGGCCAUGACUUCUUUGGAAGGUUUAUUGUUCUAGAUCGAAGCAAUGUACCCCAUGUUAACAUGAGAGCGUUGACAACUUUUCGAAUCCCUCAAAACGUAGCCAUUAGUCCAGGACCUUUAUCGCAACUAUUCGUAUCGAGUAGCACGGAUAUAAUUCUGAUGAACAUGGACUGGAGUAAGCUAAGCCUGGUCAGCUACCUUCUUAUUUGUUCUCCCUUAGAUUGGCGAUUGCUGCAGUUCAAUAAAAGAUUAGUUUGUGAUAAUGUUAGUUCAGUGCAAGAUCACAAAAACAGUCACAAGGUUGGUGGGUUCAAUCCUAUGGCAAUAACCGAAGCUCAGUUCUGUGGUAUGUUUUACCACGUAACCGAAACGGACCGCACAGGAUUUUCGUGUCUUGAACAGUCGAAAUGCAACGUUGGAAUACGAGGGGACAGGAGAAAAUUUUCCGAAACGGUUGUGAUUUACGUCCGAAUAACGGAGAAGAACGGUCGACUUUUAUUCCAAGCCAGAUAUGGCAACUGCUACGAAGGAGUUUACGAAAGUACGACCCAUGCAGAAUAUUUUAUGUUGGUGGAUGAUGAUUUCAGACAAGCGGUCAACAUGCUUCAAGAUCAGAAUGGAGGAGACAUUAACUUGUUCAUGAACAAACAGCCUUGCUGUAGAUCUACAGGACAUGGUAAGAAAACGGACCUCAAAGUAAAAGACUGUGCUCAAGAUCUGAUCAAAUUUUACAAGGUUUAUUGCUUACCUCAUGGAAUAAAACUGGUAAUUAAUUUGUGUCAGUUGUACAAGAUUGGCAUGUCUCACAGCCCUGGGGAAAGAUCUUUAGCUGCUGACAUAGAGAAUGCUCGAUUAGGAGUGAAAAUGAUGUUAUUCUAUGGUAUCGAGCUGAUGGCAAUGAGAAAAGACACCUGGAAAUUACUAGCUGAGGCAGCGAAAGUUAAUUUGCCGGCAUAUCAAGACAGCGAUCGUCAGAAAUUGGACCAAUACAUCAACCUUGUACUUUCAGAAAUAAAUAGAGCACCUAUUCAAUUUUACUACUAAAUCGAGAUCUUAAGGGAUUUCCAACGAGUUCUCGGGAAAACCCGGUUCUUUUCCGAGAAACGAGCUGACGUCACACAGUUUGAUGACUGCAGGUGGUUUACCUCGAAGGUCUUGCCUUCAAGACCUUCAAGACCAACAAGGUGAUCUUUUCCCCGUCAUAGGAUACUUUGUUGGCACACCUUUACCUUAAAAGAGAGGUGUAGCUUUCAAAGAAACUGAGUGCACAGACACGUCUGCAAUAACCCGCAUCUUCGCGAUGUUUUCCUUACACCCUUAUGAUUACUCAGCGUUGG